AUGAAUAGUCCUGAGCUAAUGGAUAAGUAUGAAGAUGAUGAAGACGAUGAUUCACCUUUAGAAGAGAAUUAUAUACGCUGGAGCAAUUUACUGUUUCUCCCUUUCCAUCCAGUGGCAAAACUGUUGGUUCUAUUGUCAGUUAUUGUAAAAAGCAUAUUGGGACCUUUACAAUCAAUUUAUCCAAUUGUAUAUUGUUGGGACGUGCUUGACCGUAAUAUUUAUCUGUGGCUUAUCAAGGCUUUUUAUUUUUACGGCUGCGAUCUUAUUUACGGGAUUGAUACUUGUCUUCAUAUAAUGCAUAGACAAGUGACAGACGAGGCGAUGAGGCGCGAAUACUUACCAAAAUCCGCUUUUUUGCUAUUUAUUGAUAUAGCAUGUUUGAUUCCAUUUUUUCGCCUUAUGAUCUUUGACGAUUGCACUGAAGUAAAAUUCUUUCCAAAUAUAUUAUGUUUUAUAGAGUUCGUGACCAUUUAUAGGGUAGCGGAAUAUUUUUCCUUACUUACCACACAUAAUUAUUGGAAGCUUUGCAUGGGUUUCACAAUAAUGUACUUUCUUACUGUCAACUGCAUUUCCUGUUUUUUAAUUUUAUUUACCGAAAUCGGUCUGUGUAAGAACUGCGUUAAUACUGUGUAUUAUUAUAAAGACUGGCGAAAAUUUGUUAUGCAUAAGCUAAAUGAAACAAGCACAGUUUAUUCAACAUACGUCUAUGGGGCAUCAUUUAUUUUUUCUUUUCCACUGAACGUUAUGUAUGAUGAAAUAAAAGCAUCAACGUUAUUAGAAUAUUUAUAUUUUAGUAUGGUGAUGAUAUUUUUUUAUGUCAUCAAAACAUUUAUAGUUUUUCCAAAAUUGGUCGCUGAAGCAUUGUUACGACUCCGACAUAUUUAUUCAUUUUAUCCAAGAGUGAGAAUAAUAAUAGCGGAAACAAAAAGAAGGAAUCCUUCCCCAAAAGCACAUAUUGACGUUAAAAAUUUUUACGCUUUAGUAUGGAAGCAGCAUAGAGGUAUUACUCGUAUUCCUCAAAUUAUUACAGAACUGCCAAGAUAUUUGAGAAUUGAUAUUAAACAAGACUUAGUUUGGCCUGUGUUUUACCAUAGCCCUACUUUAAGGAAAACAUCUAAUCCAUAUCAAAGAUGGCUAUGUAACUAUAUACACUUGGAUUACAAACUACCUGGUUCAAGGUUUUUUGUCGGUUUACAGUGUCAAACACAUUUAUAUUAUAUAAAGUCUGGAAUUGUUGAGCUGAUUUCCAAUGACGAUGGUAUAACACCUAUUAUAUCAGUUACCAGUGGGACCAUUUUCGGUGAUAUCAGUUUUUUUCUACCACCGUUGGAGCGGAAAGUUAUUGUUCGCUGUCUGAGUUAUUGCGAAGUAUUUUAUAUAAAUCGUGCAGAUGUUCUUAAGUCCCUGCAUAAGUUUCCAGAAGACCGUAAAGUUAUUUUACAACGUGUUAGAGACAAAAUAAAGCAUGCUCAUACACUAUUCACGUGUAAAAACAAUGUAAGAGGCUUGGACAGGGCUGAAGACGAAGGGAUUGCUUGGAUUAAGAAAAGAUGGUGGGAGAUAUCAAAUGCUAUUUCUCAUUUUAAUAUAAAACAGGGACAGGAAAAUGAAGCAAAUUUUGGAUUGUCAGAAGAAGAAGCAAUUUAUCAUUGCGCUAAGUAUAUUGGACAGUUAGUACUUUGUACGGAUACGCAGUUGAAAAAGAACUCAUUGUUUGCCAGUGUCGAUUUCCCUUUCAUUUUGGUACCGAAUUCUAAUUUUAGUCUGGUGUGGCAUAAAAUUGUAAUGGUCACAGUUUCACUUGUUUUGAUUCUUUAUCCACCUAAUAUAACUAGAGCAUAUAUACCGACAUGGUUCUAUUUCUUUCAAUUAUGGACUGAUUUCAUAUAUACUUCGGAUUUAUGUGUGUCCCUCUUAACUGCUACCGAAAGUCAAGCAAAAAUUCGUGUAAACUUUGCCACAGUAAUGCUUGCACGCUUUAAAUGCUCACGAUUUUUCUUUGAUGUCUUAUCUACUAUAUGGGUUGAGCAUUUAGUGACACUUCUAGGAUAUGCUGAAUAUUAUUAUCCGGUACAAUUUAAUCGGCUCAUAAAAGUAUAUAUUCUGUUUUCCAAGUGGAGCAUUGGAAGAAAUCACUAUAUAUAUGUAUUUUUCAAUGUAUGCUUGAUUCAUUUUAUAUUUGUCUAUGUUUUAAGUUAUUUAAUGUUUGAAUUAAUUCAAAUAUUUCCUGAAUUAAAUGUAUUUUAUUUUUUUGGAAAACAAUUCUGCAUAUCAGAUAAUGCUAAAAGAAGUUGUACUUACAAAGUCAAACACGUCUUCCAAGUCUUUACUUCGUGGCUUUUAGAAUAUCUCUUUUCUGAAUUUCCACCUCUGAAAUUAGUAGAUAUUUAUGUGGCAAUGAUAAUCACUUAUGUAGGAUUCUUGAUCUUUCUUUACUGUAAGUCAGCUUUAAUUGGAACGUUUCAUGCCAACAAUAAAGAGGAAUCUAACUUUCAAUACUUCGUGACAAACAUCAAAAAACAUUACAAGCAAUCCAAAAUACAUCCGGAUCUUCUAAAACGACUAGAUCGGUAUUUAAUAUGUCAUUGGAAAUAUUACAAAGGAAUGGAUGUUUUAUAUCCCAAUCUAUUGCAAAAUGAGCCCUAUGAUAUAUACUGGAAAGUUCACGGUGAAGUUGCUGAAAAAAUAAUAAGGAAAUCACGAGCUUUUUUGUAUGCUGAUCCCUCUCUUAUUAGGGAGCUCGCCUACAACGCUAAGUUCUUAAUGCUUCCGAAAAAAGCGGCGCUUAUUAUUUUUGGUAUUCAACCCAAGAAUGUUACCUGGCUGGUGCAAGGCUGUAUUAAAUGCGAAUAUCAUAACGAGAAAGGUGAAUUACUUAAAACAUUCUACCAACCUGGAGAUAUGCUAGCAUUUACUUCGGCAUUUUUUGGAAUACCGUCACUAAGAACUUACAGUGCAAAUACUGAUUGCGAGGUUCUUUUUAUCAAUAUAACCGAGUUCUUCAAUAUUACAAAACGUUACCCAGCCGAGCACGCGCGUUACGAGGAUUGUUUAAAUAAAUUUAAACCAAGAUUUGAGAAAAUCAUUCAGAAUCAUGUACAGAAACAUAGAGAUUACCAGAAAAAAAUUCGUCAGCGAAUUUUUCAUUCUAGACUUUCAGUGGUGGACAGACGGCGGAUAAAUCGUUAUGCAAGAGGUUUUCAAUAUUUAACAACUAUCAAUAUAGCACCUGCUUCGAAAUUCAUGCGCUAUUGGAUGCUUCUUAGAGCGGUGAUUGUAUGUGUAUCAAUAAUAUCUGCAGCAUUACAAGGUGGAAGUGGUGCAUACUGGAGGUGGCCACUGAUGAUAAUAAGUGCAUUUUGUGACUGUAUAUCUAUCGUCGAUAUAGUGUUAAAGAUGUUCAUCCCCUAUUACGAUAAACGAGGUCUACUUAUUACGGAUAUAAGAGCUUGUAUAAAACACUAUCUCGUCCGAGGCUUUUUAAUGGACGUGAUAGGAGUAACGCCAUUUUACGAAUUAUUCAUGGUAUAUUUAAAUAAAGAUAUUGACGAGAACGAUGCUCUACUCAUUAAUACGUUAAGCAGAUUUGCUCAUUUGUAUUUAGUAGUCGGAUACUUUGAUUAUCUGGCUGAUACGCCAACAGUGGACAUAGCUUUGAUUAUGGUAUUAAAAUGGAAAGUUAUUUCUAUACUUCUAAUGUGUGCUGCUAGUCACUAUUUCGUCAAGAAAUGUAUCUAUUUUAAUUGGGAUAGCUCGGGCACAUUUACUAAUGCUACGCUCAUUAGCAAGUGUUGGCUUCCGACUUCAACUGAUAUUAAUCAAUACCAGCUGACUCAAGAAAACAUUCGCAUGAUCUUUGCGCAAAGCUUAAAUUUAGCUCAAAGUGGUCUCAUGCGAAUUGAUUUAGGAAUGUUUAAGAUAAGCCGGGAUAAUAUCAGCACUGCUUUGGUUCUGCUAUCGCUUGGAUGUUCUUUCUGGUUCGUGUUAUGUUAUCGUCUCACGCUAGUUGUUUUAAACACUCGCAGUAAUACGCUUUUUCAACAUGGCGUAUUUCAACUCAAAAGAUUUCUUGAGGCAGAAAGAAUUGAAAAGGAUGUAAUUAAUUCUGCUCAGAGACAUUUUAUGUAUGUGUGGCAAAGGACUAAAGGAAUAAAUAUACAGCAUUUGAUGAAUGAACGCAUUAGUGUCGUUUUUAGACAGGAUUUAAAUUACUAUUUUUUUAAAAAAACACUCGCAGCCCUCAACACAUUAUUACAAGGAGGCGAACAACUAGAGAGACAACUGGCAACCGCCUCCGUUCAGAUGUAUUUCUUACCAGGUCAAGAAAUUGUAAGGGAGAUGGACUUAGCUCCAUGGGUGUAUGUUGUCCAUCGCGGCAAGAUUGCUGUUAAGCGAGAGGGUGAAAAGUUGGCAAUCCUAACGAAGGGGGCUAUUUUUGGUCAGCUUGAUGGAAUAGAGUCGCGACCCGUGCGUAUCUCCGCAGAGGCUGAAGGUUAUGCAGACGUUUUGCAAAUAUCUAUUGUGGAAUUCCAAGAAGCUCUAGAUAAUGAGACCAGAAGGAACAUUGAAAGUGAUACUCAAUCCAAACUAGAUUUUAUGAGUAUAACGAAACAUAUAACUGAGGACCCUUAUGACACUAUUCAAUACAUCCUUCGCGGAAAAAAGGCAAUAAAACUACCUUGGAUGCAAACGCACGUGGAUGCACAAAAUGGUACUUGGUAUUCCCGCUGGCUUUUCAUUACGUGGUUAAUCGAGCCAGUUGUCACUUCAGUUCUGGUACUCUCUUUGGAAACUGUACCCGAUGAAUCAACGUACAUACUAUAUUGGAUAUUACUUGUGUUAGAUAUUGUUCAUUUUCUUCAUUUCCUUUCUGAUUUCUUUAUGAUGGAGUUAGUAGUUGUAAAAGGUAAAUGCGUGAUGAGGACUUUGAAGUAUAGAAAGCUGUUGGAUUGGGGUUGUUACGCAGAUAUAAUUUCAUUGGUUGUACCUUUAGUUACCUUUAUAUGGGGGAAUUGGUUAUAUCAAUUAGUAAAGCUGGUAAGGCUUCGGCUUCUCUACGAUUUUUAUAAUUAUUUCUGCACGGGAUUCCAGAGCAGAUUUGGUUCUCUAUUACUAAAAUUUAUAUCGGUGCUAUUGAUUCUACACGCUAUGACCUGUGGUUGGAUAAUGGUUGCAUGUAGAGAAGAAGAAUUUCCUGUGAAUGUUCCUGAAAUACCACCUCAUAUUAAUGCUACAAUUGACUACAGUGAAUGGAUGCAUCCAAAAGAUAGAAAAAGAGGUUGUGCAACAGUGACGAAAACGUUUCAAAUCGAGGAUAAAAACCAGUUCAGUUUUGUGGUCCCAAGAACUUGUAAGGCUGAUUACAUUGUAUCAAUGACUUAUAUAUUGAUCCUUUAUACGCACACUGAGAUGGAGUCUGUUUUAACGUUAAAUUUAAAGCAAGUUUUUUACAAAAUUGUAAUCAAUUUUAUAAUUUACCUUUUGGAUAUAUGGAUUUUAAGCGUUGCGAUAAGUGCUGUGUACACAAAAUUUAGUGAAUUAUAUGAUUAUGACUAUAACGUGGCGAACUUGAUUACUUAUUUGAAACACACUGGACUGUCACCGACUUUGUUACAAACUGUGGAGAAUUACACGAAACACUUAUGGCAAAGGCAGAGAGGUAAUUGGCUACCUGAGCUGGCACAAAAUGCUCCCCAGUGCCUUCGAGAAGAUAUUUUUGGCGCGCUGUACAUGUACCAUUUGAUGACACCGCCUCUCCUUCGAGACCUGCCUCAUUAUUUUAUUCGCCAAUUAGUAACGAGACUAAAUCGGGUUGUUAUCUUUCCUGGAAAAAUGAUCGUGCAAGAAGGUGACAUAUUUCCUUGUAUGUAUUUUAUUCACGAAGGAGAAGUCGAAAAGUGGGUUACCGACAAAGGCGGCGACAAAAAAAUGAUAUCCCUUUUAAGUACAAACGAUUAUUUUGGAUUUAUACCAGGUCUCUUCCCGAACUCUCCAUUUCAAUUCACCUAUAUGUCACGGACGGUCGUUGAUGUAGUUUUCCUGAGAUUUAAAGACUGGCAAGAUCUUCUGCACGGGUACCCUAAAAUCAAAUAUAGUCUAUACACGGCGGCAAAACAAUUGAAAAAGGAAAUGAUGGGAAAAAAUUAG